UUGGUUAGGGAGGAGAACAAAACACCCUAAGAGUGUGAAAACCUUACCCUAGCAGAUAGAGUUUUAAAGCAGAAGCCCGAAAGGGAAAGCCCAAAGAAGACAAUAUCUGCUAACGGUGGAUUUGAGUCGUUACCCUUAGGACUUGGAAUCAAUCAAGAACAAGGAUUUCCCUAGAUUUCAAUUAGUGAAGCAAAGAAUGUUCAUUAAUUGCAAUUCUAAUUGAAAACUUAGUUAAUCAUAAACGAUGAUUGCAAGACAUUCUUGUAAAGCAAAGAAUAAUGCACACACUAAUCCAGAUAUUAGUUUAGUAAUGAGAUUAACGAUGAUUGCAAGUUAUUCUUGUUUAUUCUACUUCAAAUCACCAUGGAACAACAUACCCUUCAUCAUCAACGGAUCUUCCUGUCACAUUCCCAUCCCAAUCCAAAAUGCAGGGGAUCGUAAGAGCAGUACGAUCGUGGCAAGAGACACUAAAGAUCGCUAUCUCGCAGCACUCGUGCAGGAGAGAAACGAAUCAAGUCGAGAAGCUUUUCGAAGGAUCCGACUUAGGAGCUUCGUCUUCUAUGUUGAAAGGUCUGGAGAACAUUUCGGUGGCAGAGAUCGUUUCGAGUAAGGGAGAUGGAAGUAUUGGCUCCCCUUGGCUAUCCUGUCGAGCCAAUGACACCGCCAUUGAUGCCGUGCAAAACAUGGCUAGAAAUAAUAUUGGAUCGUUGGUGGUGCUGAAGCCAGAAGGACAACACAUUGCUGGAAUUGUAACAGAACGAGACUACCUGAAGAAGAUAAUAGCAGAUGGAAGAUCUCCCAUAUACACAAAAGUUGGGGAAAUAAUGACUUCUGAGGACAAGCUAGUAAGCGUAACGUCCGACACGAACAUCCUUAAAGCAAUGCAGCUAAUGACAGAGAAUCGCAUACGACACGUUCCUGUGAUAGAUGGCAAACUAGUUGGCAUGAUAUCUAUAGUAGAUGUUGUCAGAGCAGUGGUAGAGCAGCAAAAUGGGGAACUCAAACGACUGAAUGAGUAUAUAAAAGGAGAAUACUAUUGAGAAUUAUGAACAUUGAUGAACAUAUGAUUCUAUA